UUCAUUCUGGGUCUGAAUUCUUUUUCUGUGGCUGAAGGGCGCACUCUGGUGGCUGCUUUCUUCCUCUGUCUCUAAAGAAUGAAGGGCUCAUUUAAUCAAAUCAUCCUCAACAAGCUGAUUUAUCUCAUCCUCUCAUUCAGAAACCCAAUGAAUAUGAAGUUGACCAGAUACUCUUCCUCUGACUCUACCUCUGUCUUUCAUGUCCACCAUAUCUGGGAAUCGACUUCUUACCUUUCUCCUUUGUCUUCCCUGGCCUGAAUAAGACUUUGAAUCAAGACAUUUCAAUGCAUUGGUGUCCUUGAAAAGUUUUUCCUUUCAGACUUUGACUUUUCUUGCAGCGAACACACCAACGUCCAGGUCUGAGGACUCAACCGUUGACCACUCCUCAAUCUUUCCUAACACUUCUAGUGGAGCAAUCGUCCACACUGCAAACCCUGUGAUCUCUCUCCUGGAGGAAGCGCUCUCUUCCAAAGACGACUUAAUCAGAUCAACACCUCCACCACUCGACCCCUUCAAUGAAGACGCCAUCAGUUUCCGUCCUUCUCCUGCCCUCCCUGAAGACAAUACAAGCGGUGGAGAUAAGUCCUCUGAGGAGCACGAUAUUCUCCGUCUAGAAAUGGAUUCAGAGGACGCUCAGAUUUCUACCACUUUGAGUUCACAAGAUCUCUCAAGCGCUGCGUACUUUUCUCUUCAGCCGGAUUUUGAUUUGAGUGCCAUCGACUUAUCAAACACAAACGCCAUUGAAGGAAGUACCCCAAAAACGUCCCCUUUUGUGAGUGACGUUAAGAUUCAAGAUGGUCUAAAUACCUUGCCACACCCCAGCAACGAGGAGGAAGCCAGGACAGCUCAAUAUAAAGACAACUUUUCUUUCUAUGAUUCGAAACGUUUUGAUUUGUCGGACAGGCCAGCAGAGGGCAGUGGAUCAGGCUCUGGCUUUGAUGGCAACAGACUCAAACAGGACUCUGAUGAAGUCGCUACAAUCAGCACGGACCUGUCUACUCUUCCAAGCUCAACCAUUACCAUCAAGGGGGAUGAUAUCGGGGAAAAGGGUAGAUCAACUUCAGCAAAGACAGACGCAGAUCGAGAAAUAACCGAGAAUGGAGAUGAGGUGGAAGAAAAGUUGGGAGGAGAAGAAAUAAGUGAGACUGGAGUGAGGGAAGUAGAUGGAGACCCAGAGGAGAGAGUCAGGCAGCUCAAUCGCACAGCAGGCUGUGACACGCUGAAGGAAACUGAAGGUGAACCUGCUGCAGGAAAGACGACGUACACCGAGAGCGGGAGCGGGGCUGAAGCUGAGUCCAGUUUUAGCUGGUCUGAGGAUGUCAGUGGUUCUGGAGAUGGUGGUGGAGACGGUGAAGGAAAGAAAGAGGACAAUAAAGAGGAUAAGGCUGUAGCUGAAAAGGAAGGUGAUGGUAUAGAUGCAGGGAAAGAAGCUGCGUUUGAAAGAAGGGAUGAUCUGCAGCUGCCUGUCAUCGGAAAUAAAGCUAAAGUGGAGUUCCCACUGUUUGACAGCAGUGAGGAAAUGAACAAUGGUGGUAGUGAUGGACCUGAUGAAGGGGAUCAAAACAUGACUUUUUACAGGUCUUUCAAUGGGGGCAACUUAACUCCUGAGAACAUCUGGGAGGGAGACGGUGAUGGUAAAAUAACCGUUGGUAUCGAGAGUGAAGGAGGUGGUAUAGUGGACAGUGAUGCAGGUGUCAUUGGUGAGAGUUUGCAGCAGUUCUCGGGUGUGGACGAGUUGUUUGAUGCUGCAGGGAGCUCAGUGUUGGGGCCUCUGAUCAGAGUGACCGACGCCAGCGAGGCCAUGGACGAGCCAAAGGAAGGUAAAUGUUAUACAGUGUGCAGCUUUUUCCUCACCACUGCCCCUCUGUGAUGUAAUGAGGCAUUGCACUUGUUUAAACUAAUGUUUAUUAAAUUUACAUUUACAACUCAAAGGAAGGCUAAUGUUGUUCAAUGUCAAUGUCAUGACAAUAAUUGAGGGGACGAUUGAGAAAAGACUGUUCUCACAAUUACCAACAACAUUGGCUAUUUUUCCUUUCUUAUCCUUUUUCUACCCUCUGGUAAACACACUUUAACUAUUAUUUUGAAAGGGCUACACAUGAUCCCUGUUUCUCCUGCUCCUCUCACUGACUCUCCCACACUCUACCCUUCUUCUCCCCCCUGUCCCUCACCCACCACA